AUGAAGCAGCUCACUGUGUCUGAUGGAUCUUCAUCUCCGGCCGAGAGGAUGCGCUGGAGUUUGGUUUUGGUGCAGUUUCUGGCGGUGCUGGCGCUGGGGAUCCGCCCAAGCUCCGGGGCUGGUUCCUUGACCAGGUGUCCGUGUCCAUCCCUGAAUCUGUGCCAGCCUCUGCCCGCCGACCAUCAGUACCAAGUCGAGGUCGUUGUCUUUGAUAGUGGAGGAAUGGAUUGGAAACAUUACGACUGGUCAAAGGUCACGACAAUUGUUGCCUUUGGAAAGUAUGACCGUGAGCUAUUGUGUCAUGCUCAUGCAAAUCAUGUUCGAGUUGUCCUGAAAGCAACUAUAUCGCAGCAGAACCUGAUAAAUCGAAGGAAGCGAGCAAAGUGGAUCAAAAAAAAAGUGCUGCUUGCAAGAAAGCAUUUUAUGGAUGGCAUCAAUUUGGAAAUGUGGGAUGUCCUUAAACCUGGAUCUGAAAAUUAUCACGCAUUGCCCCACUUGGUUCAGGAAACUGCACACAUCUUCCAUCGGGAAAUACCAGGAUCUCAGGUCACAUUUAACGUACCUUGGUCUCCGCAUUGUAAAAUUGGUCGAUGUUUUGAUUACACAGCAAUUGCAAAUGCCUGUGACUUCUUAUUUGUGAUGUCAUUUGACAUAGAACGUAGAACGCUAGGUGAUUGUCUUGCAAAGCCAAAUGCGCCCUAUAACAAGACAUUAGCAGGUCUCUCAGCUUAUAUCAAUCUAGGUAUUGAUUCCAAGAAACUCCUAAUGGGAGUUCCCUGGUAUGGUUAUGACUAUACUUGCCAGCGCUUCCUUGAGGCUGGUAGAUGUGAUUUGACAGUGUUCCAUUUCAGUAAAUCCAGUUGCAGCUUUCGAGCCAGCCGUUGGAUACCGUACAAGGAGAUCAUGAGACACCUGCCGAAAUCACUUAGUGGCAGAUACUGGGAUGAUGACCAUAAAGCCCCCUACUAUAUCUACAUGGUUAAUAAUACACACCACGAGGUUUGGUAUGACGAUCCAGAUAGCAUUUCAUUGAAAUCAUCUAUCGUGAAGAAAUUAAAACUUCGUGGCAUUGGUGUAUGGAUUGGAAAUUUCCUAAACUACGGUGCAAACCCCACAACAGCAGCACAGACAAAAGAGAUGUGGGAUGCCCUAAUUUCCGAAUGAGUGAAGUGUCAAACUGAAAUCAUCUACGAUCCACAUAAAAUAAAUCUUUUAUUUUACAAGUGAACACAGCUUUUUAAAAAAAGGCAAAAUAGUCAUAGA